AUGAAGUCUGCCGCGAAGCUGACUCUUACAGCACUCGGCUGUCUUGCAGGAAGUGUCCUUGGCCAUGGGCAAGUCCAGAAUUUCACCAUCAAUGGCGCGUACAACCAGGGCUUUAUCCUUGAUUACUAUUAUGACAAGGUCAACACUGGCAAAUUCCCCAAUGUUGCAGGUUGGUACGCUGAGGAUCUCGAUCUAGGCUUCAUCGCCCCAGAUGCAUACACCACGCCUGAUAUCAUCUGCCACAAAAACUCGGCGCCUGGUGCAAUCACCGCGACUAUACCAGCGGGCGGCACCGUUGUUUUCUAUUGGGGUCCUAACCCAUGGCCACACCCAUACGGCCCUAUUAUUACGUACUUGGCCCAGUGCAGCGGCUCAUGCACGAAUGUGGACAAGACAUCGUUGCGCUGGGUCAAAAUUCAGGAGUCAGGCAUUAAUUAUUCUACCCAGGUCUGGGCGAAUCAGGUCCUCAUCAACCAGGGCAACAAGUGGAGUGUGACAAUCCCAUCAAGCCUCAAGGCCGGAAACUAUGUCAUACGACAUGAAAUUCUCGCUGCUCAUGGUGCUGGGAGUGCGGAUGGCAUGCAAAACUAUCCGCAGUGCAUUAAUCUUGCCAUCACUGGUUCGGGCACUAAAUCGCUUCCUGCUGGGACUGCAGCAACUGCACUCUAUAAGCCCACUGAUCCAGGCAUCUUGUUCAAUCCUUACACAACGAUUACCAAUUACACAAUUCCAGGCCCAGCCCUGUGGCAGGGCUAG